AUGGCUAUCCAACCCUUUCCAUCAACAAAUCCUGGUGAAAUAUUUCCUGGAGUUAUCAAGGGCUAUGUAGAAUAUCACCGGAGACAAAGGGGUCAUAAGGAUUACUUGGAAACUAAGCCUCCUAAGUGGGACUUGUCUGAAAGCGUGUUCAGAGACCUGAAGGAAGCAGAACGUUCAAACGGAGUCAAUGUCUGGAACAUAUCUCAUUUAAUUCAUUGGCUUGGUUUAGGGAAAAACAAGAGGUUUGAACUGUGUGGCAAAGAUGAAAUCUUGAAUCACCUCAUGAUUCUUGAUACCCUCAUUUCAAGCUGGUAUAUUGAUGACAUUACCUGGUAUGAAUCUUCUGACAGGGCUUGGUUGAGGAGAACAUUCAAAGAAGAGUAUGAUAAAAAACUGAACAGCUUAUGCAAUACAGCUUCCAACAUCUUCAGAGAUGAGAAAUUGCUCAAUCACAUCCAGACUCUCAAACUUCAAGCCAAAGAGAAUUUUGACUAUGGGAUCAUUUCAAAGCUCAUCAACGAGAAUGUUGCAUACAGAUUGACAGUGAAAAUCAAUGGUCUUGAUGAACAAAUGAUGGUCUUGAUCAAGUUUUUCCAAGACAGAAAUACCGGCAGCAAGGAUGGCCCAUACAAAUUGGGAAGCAGUCUGGGAUUCUUUCCCUUCAGAAGUCAAGAUCACUUUGGAGCAAAGGGAAAGUUGAACUUCAAAGCAGAUCCUGAAAAGUAA